AUGAGCACGCAAGUCCAACGCUGGCAGACCCGUCAAGACGGGCUGGGCAAGCUCUUCCUCGCCACGGCGUCCCUGCCGCAGCCCGGGCCCGGCGAGGUGCUCGUCAAGAUCAGCGCCGUGUCUCUCAACUACCGAGACACGGAGGUGGCCAUGGGCCUCUACAACCACCACAAGACAAUCAACCCGGCCGAGACGGACCCAAUCGUCCCGGCUUCGGACAUGUGCGGCUCCGUCGUCUCUGUAGGUGACGGCGUCAGCAGGUGGAAGGCUGGCGAUCGCGUCUUGUCGAUUUUCAAUCAGACGCAUCUCAAGGGCCAGAUUAAGCCGGUGGAUAUGAAGAGCGGUCUCGGUUUCCCGCUGGAAGGUGUCUUGCAGACGUACCGCGUCUUCUCUGCUGAGGGGUUGGUCAGGGCGCCCAAGCACCUGAGCGACGAAGAGGCCGCGACUCUUCCCAUUGCUGCUGUGACGGCUUGGAUGUCAAUCAACCAGUUUCGGCCUUUGGGCCAGCCUGGUGGCCAGGGCGAGGUUGUGGUAUGUCAGGGAACUGGUGGUGUAGCUAUUUCGGGACUGCAAAUCGCAAAGGCUUCAGGGGCCACGGUCAUCAUUACAUCUUCCUCGGACGAGAAAUUGGAAAAGGCAAAGGCUCUCGGGGCGGAUUACACCGUCAACUACCGCACCACGCCCAACUGGGACGACAAAGUCAACGAAUUUACCAAGGGCGAGGGCGCCAACCUCAUCCUCGAAACGGGCGGGGCCAAGACGCUGCGACAAUCUUUUGAGGCGAUUGGCUUCGGCGGGCAGAUUGCGUGCAUUGGAUAUCUCUCUGGUAAAGUCGACGAUGUGGAGGACCGGACGAACGUCAACUUGCUCGCGCUCAAGAAAACUGUAACGCUCAAGGGUAUCAUCAAUGGUCCGAGGGAGCGGUUCGAGGAGAUGAUUGACUUUUACGAGGAGAAGGGUAUCAAGCCUGUUGUCGACCGGGUCUUCCAGUUCAAGGAGGCGGAUAAGGCGUACAACUACCUGUACAGCGGAGGACACUUUGGCAAGGUUGUCGUCAAGGUCCAGGAAUGA